CUCAUUUGCAUUUUAUAGUAAUUCAAAUAAAACAAGACAAUUUCAAUUAUAAAAUAGAUCGAAUGUUUAAUAAUUUAUAAGUUUAAGGAAUCGAUGUAAUUUGAAUAGACUGGAAAUAAAUGAGAUACGGGUAAAGGUGAUAGUGAAUAAAAGUAACGAUACAUUACGAGAGUACGAUGAUAUUCCGAAUUAUAUUCAUUAUCCUACUUUGUAUUCAUUUUACUAUGGGAUUUAAAAAAAGAUAUCUACAAAUUGAUCAAUGCAAAAAAAAUGCGCGCUAUUUAAAACCCGUAAUCCAUCAAUUGAUAGAAGAAAUUACGAAUCGUAGUACUUGUACCGUUUUUGUAACAGAUCAUAUUUAUCACGGAUUAAUAAAUAACAACAAGAACACUUUUAACAUCUUGAAAUAUAACAUCUUAUUGCGUGACAAUGAAGAAUUUUCUCCAGCAAGACAACGUAUACAAAAAAUUCUUGCUCAUAGUAAAACAGCUAGAUGCAAUGGAUAUGUUAUACUUGUUACUAAUGGCUUGUUAGUUUCCGAGUUUUUACAAUAUGUAGAAAGAAAAGAAUUAAUCAAUACUCAUGGCUUGUUUUUAUUAUUACACGAUUAUCGAAUUCUUACAUCUGAUUUGAAUUAUAUUUGGAAUAGAAUAAUUAAUGUUGUAUUUGUACAUCAGUAUAAGCCAUAUAAAUAUCGUUCAGGUGACACAUCUGCUCAACCAAUAAUUAAUUUAGAAACAGUAUACUUUCCAAAUAAAAAAAAAAAGUUUGUAAUAACAAAGUAUUUAGAUACAUGGUACAAUGGAAAAUUUCGUUAUGGUAAAAAUCACUUUGUACAAAAAAUUUCAGAUCUUAAAGGAAAAACUCUAAGAGUUUCAGUUUUUGAACAUAUACCAGCUGUAACAAAAGAAUCACAAAAUUUUUAUAAAGGUGGUCCCAGUUACAGUGCCAAAGGUUUAGGUGUUGAAUUUGAAUUAAUUCGUGUUAUAUCUCAAUUUAUGAACUUUAAACCACAUUACUACAUGCCUUACAAUAUAGAGAAUGAUCGGUGGGGAGCAUUAGAAAAAAAUGAGACAUAUACUGGUCUUAUAGGAGAAGCAAUAGCAAGGAAAGCUACAUUUUAUAUUGGAGAUCUCCAUUAUACCUCCUAUCUUUUAAAAUUCUUUGAGUUAUCUAUUCCUUAUAAUACAGAAUGUCUUACUUUCUUAACACCAGAAUCUUUGACAGAUAAUUCAUGGAAACUUUUAAUUCUUCCUUUCAAGCUCUACACUUGGAUCACAAUACUUUUCACUCUUUUACUAGCAGGAGGAAUUAUCCAUCUGUUUUCAUUAUUUUAUCAGAAGCAUAUAAUUAUUUAUAAGGAUGUUAAACAUAAACUAGUCAAUAUUAAUGAGCUUGAUAAAAUAAAAGAAUUAAAGAUUAAACAAGCAAAGAAAGGCAUAUAUUUGUUUACAGAAGCACAGAAUAGCAUGUUAUAUACAUAUAGUAUGUUACUUUUGGUAUCAUUACCACGUUUGCCAAAUCCUUGGGCUUUAAGAGUACUUAUUGGAUGGUGGUGGAUUUACAGUAUUUUGGUUGUUGUAGUUUAUCGUGCCAGUAUGACAGCCAGCCUUGCUAACCCUGUGGCUACAAUCACUAUUGAUACACUGAAUCAAUUAGCUAGAAGUUCGAUUUCUGUUGGUGGGUGGAGCAAAGAAAGUAAAGAAUUUUUUCUACAAUCUUUAGACUCUGAUAGUCAGGAAAUUGGUAAUAAAUUUCAGUUGAUAAAAGAUGAAAAAGAAUCUAUAGAAAAAGUAGCAAAUGGAUCUUUCGGUUAUUAUGAAAAUGAAUUUUCCUUGAGGUUUGCUCAUAUUACAAAAUAUGCAUUGGAAGAAAAGCAGCAAGAAAAUAAUACAGAAAAUAUCAAAACAUCUGAUGUAAAACAUAAUUUACAUAUUAUGAAAGAUUGUAUUAUAAAUAUGCCGAUUGCUCUUGGAAUGGACAAAAAUUCUCCAUUAAAGCCAUAUGUUGAUUUAUGGGUUAGACGUAUGGUAGAAGUUGGUUUAGUAGAUAAAUGGUUAAGCGAUGUUAUUUAUCCAUCACAACUUAUUGAAAAACAACAAGAGAAAAUGUCAGAGAAAGCAAUGGUUAAUCUCCAUAAGCUUUAUGGUGCUCUUGUCGCUCUUAGCAUUGGUUAUUUUUUUAGCUUAAUAGUAUUACUAUGGGAAAUUUUACAUUGGAAAUAUAUUAUUUUAAACAAUCCUAAAUACGAUAAAUAUCAUUUAGAUAAAUUCUAUGCAAAAAUAUGAAUACAUUUCUGAAAUACUGUAUUAGAAAAAAAAAGUGUUCACAUCGACGUUUAUAUUUAUUUCCAAUAUUUAUGUAUAUAUAUUUAUAUCAAAGUAUAUUUAUUAAAAAUUAAUUUUAG